AUGGCGUCUCCCUCCAGAGUGAUCAGAGUCACCAGCCGCUGCACCACUGCCUCUUUAUCCACUGUAGCACAGGGACGAGUCAGUGAACACAGGUACAGGGACGAGUCAGUGAACACAGUUGAUCCUGGGGGGUCUGUGGGUCUCGUACCUGGGGUGGGUCCUGGGGGGGUCUGUGGGUCUCGUACCUGGGGUGGGUCCUGGGGGGGUCUGUGGGUCUCGUACCUGGGGUGGGUCCUGGGGGGGGUCUGUGGGUCUCGUACCUGGGGUGGGUCCUGGGGGGGUCUGUGGGUCUCGUACCUGGGGUGGGUCCUGGGGGGGUCUGGUGGGUCCUGGGGGGUCUGUGGGUCUCGUACCUGGGGGGGUCUGUGGGUCUCGUACCUGGGGUGGGUCCUGGGGGGGGGUCUGUGGGUCUCGUACCUGGGGUGGGUCCUGGGGGGGUCUGUGGGUCUCGUACCUGGGGUGUGUCCUGGGGGGGGGUCUGUGGGUCUCGUACCUGGGGUGGGUCCUGGGGGGGGUCUGUGGGUCUCGUACCUGGGGUGGCUCCUGGGGGGGGUCUGUGGGUCUCGUACCUGGGGUGUGUCCUGGGGGGGUCUGUGGGUCUCGUACCUGGGGUGUGUCCUGGGGGGGUCUGUGGGUCUCGUACCUGGGGUGGGUCCUGGGGGGGUCUGUGGGUCUCGUACCUGGGGUGGGUCCUGGGGGGUCUGUGGGUCUCGUACCUGGGGGGGUCUGUGGGUCUCGUACCUGGGGUGGGUCCUGGGGGGUCUGUGGGUCUCGUACCUGGGGUGGGUCCUGGGGGGGGGUCUGUGGGUCUCGUACCUGGGGGGGUCUGUGGGUCUCGUACCUAGGGUGGGUCCUGGGGGGGUCUGUGGGUCUCGUACCUGGGGUGGGUCCUGGGGGGGGUCUGUGGGUCUCGUACCUGGGGUGGGUCCUGGGGGGGUCUGUGGGUCUCGUACCUGGGGUGUGUCCUGGGGGGGUCUGUGGGUCUCGUACCUGGGGUGGGUCCUGGGGGGGUCUGUGGGUCUCGUACCUGGGGUGGGUCCUGGGGGGGGUCUGUGGGUCUCGUACCUGGGGUGUGUCCUGGGGGGGUCUGUGGGUCUCGUACCUGGGGUGGGUCCUGGGGGGGGUCUGUGGGUCUCGUACCUGGGGUGGGUCCUGGGGGGGUCUGUGGGUCUCGUACCUGGGGUGGGUCCUGGGGGGGUCUGUGGGUCUCGUACCUGGGGUGGGUCCUGGGGGGGUCUGUGGGUCUCGUACCUGGGGUGGGUCCUGGGGGGGUCUGUGGGUCUCGUGGAGGAGCCGGUUCUCGUGGAGGAGCCGGUUCUCGUGGAGGGGCUGGUUCUCGUGGAGGGGCUGGUUCUCGUGGAGGGGCCGGUUCCCGUGGUGGGGCCUUCUCUCUUGGCGGCGGCGGCGGCUCGGGGGACUGCUUCUUGA